GCGGCCGGCACCGCCCCGGCACCGCCCCGGCACCGCCCCGGCACCGCCCCGGCACCGCCCCGGCACCAUGUCGGCGUUCGGGCGGCGGAAGGCGCAGCGGCUGGCGCGGGCGGACGGCAGCAGGAAGGGCGGCCUGGACGAGCGCGCCGCCGCCGUGGUGCGGCUGCUCAACGGGCGGGCCCGGUUCUGCACCGCCAGCUCCUGCUCGGGCCGCCUGGUGCUGGCGCAGGGCAGCGCCGCGGAUGCAAACAGCAGUGAGAUCCAGAAGAAAAACUGCACGUGGCUCAUGGUAACACAUGAAACGUGCACCCAAGGUGAUGUGAUGACAGCGCUAGAGAAAGCAACUGGUGAUGCUGUGUUCAAGUUUGAACCGUUUGUUCUUCAUGUGCUAUGUCAAGAGCUGCAAGAUGCACAGCUUCUGCAUUCAGUGGCCAUCAAUUCUGGGUUCAGGAACUCUGGUAUUACAGUUGGCAGAGGAGGAAAAAUUACAAUGGCUGUCCGGAGUACUCAUUGCUUAGAAGUUCCACUGACCCACAAAGGGAAGUUGAUGGUCUCUGAAGAAUAUAUUGAAUUUCUGAUACACAUAGCUAAUCGGAAAAUGGAAGAAAACAUAAGGAGGAUUGACAGAUUCUACAAACACUUAGAGUUAGCUUUGAAAGCGGCUGCCAGUGCAAACGACUCGCCUCCUGAGGAGACGGAGAAGAAUCGCUCUGUUUACAUUCACAGAAGAAAGAGAAAGACCAUUCAAGAACAAGAUGUACACACCUCUCCAAAGGAUCACAAUGAAGAACUGGAGCCUGAGGAUGAUAUAGAAAGCAGUCUUGAUAUUUUUGCUGAAAUCAUGAUAUAGACUAAGGCAUCUGAAAGCAAAUGGCAAACUGAAUAAUAAUUGUAAUGCUCUUUGUAAGAGAUGAAUACUGCUCUGUUCUAAGUAGUAACACUCUCAUAGACAUUUACCAGGAAAAAAAAGAUAAACAGAAUUGUGAACAGGUUUAAUUCCACAGAAGCACAGAGAACAAAACCGUAAAAUGUUUUGGGUUUGUUUUUUCAAACAGCACUGUUGAAUUAACAGUCUUUUACUCUGUCUGUCAGUUAUCACAGAAAUAACUGGUUUGCUACAGCCUUUGCCCACUUUUGCUAUGGAAGCAUUUCACUUCCAAAUGCUGAGUUUAGGCUGCCUGAGUUUUGCUGAGCAGAGAAACUCUAAAAACUGGAUUGUUACCCCUGAAGGUUUUUAAUCUCUGUAGGACCCCUGCAAAACUGCGCACCAAUAUAGGUAGCCCUGUCAAAGGUACAGAGCCAGGUCUUAGUUGGCUGAAGAACAGCACCUGGUGUGGAGGUUAGAACAGAGAAGUAGAGGCUGGUACUGCUCUCUGCCGGCUUCAGCUGUGUGCUCCAGGAUCCCUCCUGACUUGCACCGGGCAGCAGAGUUGAUGCUGUUUCCCCACACUUGGCUGUGUGUCAGGCUCCAGCCCCACUGUGUUGGUGUGUUCUGCUUCCCUUGGCCCGUGGCCACAGUUACUUCGCUUUGCGUCUUUUGGCCAACUCUGUAUGCUGAUAGUUCGUUAGCUCUCUUGCCUGUCAUUCUGUGUGGCCAGCACCCAGCUUCAGUUCCAGCUGUUGAGCCUAAAGUCAACCAAAGUGUCCAGUAAUGGGUUUUCUUACCAGGCUCUGAGCCACUGACAUGCAAUAGAUGUUAACUAUAAAGCAGUGCAAUAGCUUGCGCAUUCCUUUUUGUACCACUGGAAAAGUCACUCCAUGUUUCCUAGUGUAUUUUUCAGAAAAAUGGUGAAUUUGUAGACCUGAGCAGUAACGAAUUCUGAGCCUGCCCUUUUAUGACUGAGUGAUCACUAGCACUGCAAAACAAGACCCUUACUGAAGGAAAUGGUUUCUUUGGUACAGUAACUCCCAGUCCAUGUAGGUCAUUGUUUCCAUUACAUAAAAUGUCUUGGGGACAUUUUAAUUCCACUGUAAAAAUCCGACAUACUAGGUGGCAGCCAAAGGGAAAAGUAAUUGGGGGCUUGAAAUAAGUUCUGAAAGAUCCGUUAGGCUGUGUUUCCAGUAGCUGGCAUGCCAAAACAAAUAAACUUGAGCCUUUUGUGUUG